AAUGAGUCCCUCGCUUGGUUCUGGUCCAUUGAAGUGGACCUGGGGGGUCCAGAUCACUUGUGGAAUGAGGAAUUUUACCGAGUUCAUUGGCUUCAGGCAAAGGCCCUAUGGGAUCGAUGGAAGGAAGAAAUGACAUUGGUCCAAUUGGAGCAUUUCAGUCAACCACUUGAAAGGACCUCUUAG